AUGUCUAAAUUCAGAGCAAAAACUUGGUUUUUUGCCUUCUUGUUUGCUUCUUCCCUACAUGGCGCUAGAACAAGCCAAGAUGCGAAAACUGAGGAAUAUCAUGAGAACGGCUGGUUUCGGAAUCCAACGACGACGGUCUCCAUUGCUAAUAGCUUACCGGAUCAUCAAAACGUGACGAGUCAUUGCGCGUCUAAGGACGAUGAUUUAGGAAUCCAUGUUUUACCAACUAAUGGCACAUUUCAGUGGUCAUUCCGGCCAAAUUUCUUCAUGACGUCUUUCUUGCUCUGCAGUUUCUCUUGGCGAGAUGCGCAAGGCGGGUUUAAGAUAUAUGAAGCCAAGAGGGAUUUUCCCAGGUGUCGCCAUUGCUCAUGGGUUGUUCGUCAAGAUGGUGUUUAUGGCUACACGGACACCAAACAAGAUUAUAUAUUUUUUGACUGGCCAAAGCCACCAAGUUUUUAG